AUGAAGACCCUGCUCCUGACCGCCGUGCUGCUCGGGCUGGUGGCUGCCCUGCAGGCCCAGGAACCCCUGUCUGUCUUCUCGGAGGCACAGAAUCUCGCAGGGACCUGGUACAUAAAGGCAAUAGUGACCCAAACUAAACUGGAAGAGGAAAAGCGGACUGCCCCGGUGUUUCCCAUCACAAUGGUGGCUUUGGAAGGCGGAGACUUGGAGAUCAAGCUCACCAUCAUGUUUGAGGGUAGGUGCCAUGACUUGACAUUUCAGAUGCAGAAAACCGAUGAGCCUGGAAAAUACAUAGAUGGAAAGACGCCUGAGCCAAACGCAGAGGCUCUGGAGGAAUUUCAGAGAUUCGCACAGCGCAAGGGAUUCCAGGAGGAGAACAUAUUCGUGCCCAAACAGAAGGGGCCCUGCUUCCGGUCUCGGGGUGUGGUGGGGUUGGAACCCUUGGCCGGGCCCCUUCUCACCCUGGCUGUGCCUCUGUUUCUACAGAAACCUGUGUCUCAGAACAGUAACUGGGGAAAAUGGUACAUAAUCCGCUGGGCUGGCACCAUCCCGUCCCCCAGGGAGAAGCUGCUGGCGCCCCUGCCUCCCUUCAGCUUCGUGGUGAACUCCAUGGGGAAGCUGGAAUUCCAAAUGCGUAUCCUGAAGCCAAGUGGCUGCCAGCUGUUCAAGCUGCCCUUGUCGGUGGCCCGUGUGCCUGCCAGCUUCGUGGGCUGGUGGAAACACAUGAUCUACAUCUGGCUGGUCACACCGAGGAGCUAUGGGAUCGCCUACUUUGGAGACAGGAUGAACAACCGGAGGGUGCAGAUGAUGAUGCUCUUUGGCCGCACCCUGGAGGAACACCCAGGGGCCCUGAUGAUCUUCGAGGUGUUUGUGGAGAAGAAAGGACUGAACAAAGCAGACCUCAUCUGCCCUCCUCACCUCGCACGAGGCCAGCCCUGCCUGCUCCACAUCGAGCCACCACGUCCCAAGGGCCCCAUGUCCACUGUGCGGACCCCGAAGCAAUGCGGGCUGCUCCCAGACCUGAGAGGCCAACUCCUGGUUCUUCCCUGGGGGGCAGCGGUCAUUCAGGAGUCUGGGGAGACCCAGCCCUCUCUGGAAGGGCACAGUCAGCACGCCCAGACGGGCAGCAGUGAGCUUGUGGCGGGGCCCGCACAGGCCUGGAUCUAG